GCUCAUUUGGUAGGUGCUUCGAGCUCCAUGAAAAGUAAUUGUAAUUGAUUUGUGUUGCUCACUGUUUUGGGAAGGGAAAAUAAAUGUGAGGUAAACAGCGUUUCUAAAAUGUGAUAUGAAUAGGUGUUAGCGAGCAAUUAUUUUUGUAAUGGCACGCUGUGCGUGUUACGGGCGGCCGCAGCGUUGCUAGCAGCACGCCGAGGAGCGCGGGGUGUUUUUUCUGGUUUUUGACAGCAACUUCACGCCAGAGCGCUGGUGGUGACCGAGCCGCGUGAGAGAGGGGGCAGCGCGAGGAGCGGCGCGAAGGCGCAGAGGCCCAGCUGUGAAGGUGGUGCGAUGGUGCUGCAGGGGCUAAGGCUUUAGCCAGCCGAGUAGGGAGGAUGUUACGCUGGACGGUGCACCUGGAGGGUGGCCCACGCCGGGUCAACCAUGCGGCAGUGGCUGUGGGACACAAGGUCUACUCCUUUGGGGGCUACUGCUCUGGGGAGGACUAUGAGACGCUGCGCCAGAUUGACGUUCAUGUCUUCAAUGCAGUGUCCUUACGCUGGAUGAAGCUGCCCCCAGUGCGCACCAGCGGGCGUGAGCAUGCACGGGAAGUGCCCUACAUGCGCUAUGGUCACACCGCUGUGUUGGUAGACGACGUUAUCUACCUGUGGGGGGGGCGCAAUGACACGGAGGGGGCCUGCAACGUGCUUUAUGCCUUUGACGUCAGCAAUCACAGGUGGUUCACGCCAAAGGUUUCAGGGACGAUCCCAGGAGCGAGAGACGGACAUUCUGCCUGCGUACUGGGGAAGACCAUGUACAUCUUUGGAGGAUAUGAGCAACUUGCUGAUUGUUUUUCCAACGACAUCCAUAAGCUGGACACGACUACCAUGGCCUGGUCUUUGGUCAAUGCAAGGGGUACACCAGCCCGUUGGAGAGACUUUCACUCUGCCACCAUCAUCGGCACUAAGAUGUUUGUGUUUGGGGGUCGAGCGGACCGCUUUGGGCCCUUCCACUCCAACAACGAGAUCUACUGCAACAAGAUCAAGGUGUUUGAUACAGACACCUGCUGCUGGCUGGACACGCCCUCCACGCAGCUGUUGCCCGAGGGCCGCAGGAGCCAUUCAGCCUUCGCACAUAAUGGGGAGUUGUACAUUUUCGGAGGAUAUAAUGCCCGUUUGGAUCGGCACUUCAACGACCUCUGGAAGUUCAACCCAGAUGGCUUCUCCUGGAAGAAGGUCGAUCCCAAGGGGAAGGGACCCUGCCCGCGCCGACGCCAGUGCUGCUGCAUGGUGGGAGACAAGAUCAUCCUGUUUGGGGGAACCAGCCCGUGUCCAGAGCAGGGAAUGGGUGAUGAGUUCAACCUCAUGGAUCAUUCGGACCUGUACAUCCUCGACUUCAGCCCUAAUUUGAAGACAUUAUGCAAAAUAGCUGUUAUUCAGUACAGCUUGGAUCAGUCUGCUCUGCCACACGAUAUCAGGUGGGAGCUGGCUGCCAUGACGACCAACAGCAACAUCAGCAGGCCCAUCUUCUCCUCCCACGGCUGAGUCCUGCCAGGUCCGAGGGGCUGCAACCAGUACCAGAACCCCGGACUCAAACAAGAACACUCUUGUGUGCUUCCGCUUUGGGAGCUCAGUCCUUUUUAGUGAUUUCUAAAAUAGUUUUGUAUUCUUUCGAUCUGGGUUUUUCUGAUGGGAUUGUCAGCACGCACACACUUUGCGAUGAGUAUUCGGGCUUUCUUCAGGAGACCUUGAGUUCUGGGAGUCAGUGAAGGACGCUCUUCGUCUUUACUUCUGUUAUAUUGACAAAAGUAUCUGCAGCUCUUGCUGGGUGGAAAAAUUGACUAAACUGAGUGUUGUGCAGUAUUCCAAACGGGACCGCGUUCCUCUGAGAGGAAGUCUUUCCGAAAGGAUGACGAGGAACGAUGAGAGACGGGGGGACUCUCCUCACCUUGUGCCGUUUUUCCUGCUCGACCUGCGAAGGCUUUGCGACCUGAUGUAACAUGUCAAACCACUUCAUAGGUGAACAGGAGUCUGAAGGGUGGUGAUGCUUUUCUCGAGCUUAGUGGGAGCCACUUUUGGAUGAUGUCACCACAGGCCCUGCCUUCAGUCCCCGGGUACCAGCGCUUGGUCUCACACAGCUGACUCCUCUCUCCCCAGGUCCAUCACAUGACCUGGCUUUCUGCUGCGUGGCUCAUCACACCAUCGGCGCAUUCUUUGACAUAGUUAGUCUCGUGUCGACUCCAUCGGGAGGGACUGGACCUUUUACAGUGACUUUUUACACUCUAGCAUGCGAGGCGCCGGAUACUAACAGGGUUGCAGCCCAUUUGCCUCUUUGAUUUUAUCUCUGUUGCCAGAAGCUAAUACCGCACCACAUGGGGGGGGGGGUGAAGUUGUGAUGUCAUCAUAGGAUCUAUGACCUCAGACUGAGAACUUCCAACAGAUGAGCAGCUCUGCCCCUUGACCCUCAUGACCCCUUCUGAGUUUGAGCCCUUCCACAGUGGCCAUGUUUGUAGUCCAGCCUCGUGCCUCCUCCUCCUGUUCGGUAACUGCAUAUCAGACUGCAGCUUCUCGGUUGCAUCAUCUGGCUCCUUAAUGAUGAAUUUACAUUGAUUUUUGUUUUUAUUCUUUAUGCCCAGAUGUAAGGAAGUACCUGUGUAACUUUCAGACAUGAGUUUAAUUACACUUGUCACUGCAUGUGAAUGUGAGUUUAUUUGGGUUUUGUGGUUUUACCUAGGUUUGUUUGGAGAAAUAUUUUAACACCCCCCCCCCCCCCCUUUUUUUUUUUGAAAAAAGUCCUUGCAAUCUGUACUCUGGAUUGUUCAGAAACUUAGUUGUACUGUGUUCAGAUCCUCUGUAGCACACUAGUCAGCUGUCACUAUCUUGCAGUUGGGUGCACAUCGCUUCUUAUGAUGGGGUGGACACUUGAAACAGUUCAUGGGGAACUGACUUCUCAGGCAAAAAUAAGCAUUAAGAAAAAAUAUUCCACAACUGACCAGAUCAAAUUUUAAGAAAAUGUUUUUUUUUUUUUUUUUUUUUUUUUUUAAAUCUCCCUCAUGGCAUCAGACAGGUUUUGAUGCAUCUGAAAGUGGGGUGCUGUCGCCAAUGUAUUUCCACACCCAAUAUCAGCAUCAUGUCGCCAGUGUUUAUCUCCCAUGAAACUCUUCAGUGCAGAAGCAGGAGAAGUGAGAACUGUCUUUCAUGAUGAUCUGCAGCACAGGCCUGAACCUUGUAGUCACAGACAGAUGUGAGGACUUGAGUUUUACCAUGUUCACGCAUCUCAUGGGACCCAGGCAUGUACAGUGAGCACUCUUCCGAUCACCGCAGAGUCAGCUGGUGACUGCAGGGGUAGGAUGGUGAAGUCAUGGGCCUCGAGCCCCCCUCAAAAGCAGUCACGAUGCUGGCAAGAUGGUCAUGACCCAACAAAGGACCUGUGCAAGAACUCGGUCAGUGUUCAAUCAGUCAUCCUCUUGAGGGUGCAGCCCCUCUGUGGUCAUGAUCCGAUGCAGCCCUUACUCUGCUUCCACUGCAUCACGUGCAUCUGGUCCCCUUUCCAGCUGCACUGACUGCAGGAGUUGCAGCUCGUUGACAGCGGUGGUUCUCCAGUGCUCCGUAGGGGGCAGAAUGUCCAACGCAGCGGCUCCAGACAGAGGUGGCAACGCAAGAUGGACUCUUUGAAAACACAAUUUCACCCGAUGAAAAAAGGUGCAGCAAGACAGUCCUGGUUGGGCUUGUUGUGUCCAGCCAGUGGGCAGAUGUUUAACUAUAUUUUCCGCCCAGUUUAUUUUGUGUGUGUGUGUGUGUGUGUGUGUGUGUGUGUGUGUGUGUGUGUGUGUGUGUGUGUGUAAAAUGGCACCCGAUGACUCGGAGACCAGUGCUUUCAGGAAUAUGUGUGGAAUAAACAGGUGCUUUGCUGUUCUUUUGAGAAUCGGAGAUGAGAAGCAGAACGCAACUGCACAUUUGCAUUAAUGGGAUGUCGGUGGAGGGCAGGGCAACCGUUACUUUCUCUCUUUGCGUAAAAAGGAGAUUUAUUGAUGAGGACUUUUAUUGUGCAAUAUGCUCUGGAAAUGGUAUCACUAAUAAAAUGGA